GCUUUGGUGGUCGUCCGAUCUUGGAAAUCAGUCAACGACAGAACGUCACUCGACGACGAACUCCUUCCGCUAGUUAAUAUUCUAAUGUAAACAAAAAUGGAUAAUUCAGUGUUUUUGUUUAUACUCGCAAGCGCGGUGUGCUGUCAGUGCGCUAAUAUUCUUUAUGUGAUACCCUUUACCUCAAAGUCUCAUUAUAUCAUGUUGAGACCAAUUGGUUUGGAGCUGGCCCGCAGGGGACACAAUGUGACAGUGUUUACCGCCUUCAAGGAAACUGACCACGCACCAACCUAUCACCAGAUCAUGGCUGAUGACAAAAAGAUCUGGGAUGUAUCAGAAGGAGGACGACCUAACGUCUUUACAAUGGUGGACAUAUCCGAAGAAUUAUUCUAUGAAAAAAUCCUCUGGGGAGGAGGUUUAGCAUCCACCGAGGUAGCACUCAGUUCGCAACAAAUCCAAGAUUUUCUAAAGCAAGAUCACAAAUUUGAUUUAGUUAUAAGCGAAAUGUUUUUCCAAGAAGCCACGUAUGUUUUGGCACAUAAGUACAACGCUCCUUUGGCUCUGGUAACCACAUUUGGAAACUGCAUGAGAAACAAUAUUAUAAUGAGGAAUCCUCUUCAAUUGGCAACUGUUAUAAAUGAAUUCGUUGCUAUCAAAGAACCACGAAGUUUCCUUGGGAGGUUGAGGAACUUUUACUUUGCUGCUUAUGAGUAUUUUUGGUAUAAAGUUUGGUACAUACGUAAGCAAGAAGAAUUGGCUAAGAAAUAUAUAAGGAACAUGCCGGAACCUGUUCCAAGUUUAGAAGAACUACAGAGGAACGCAUCGCUGUUUUUAAUGAACAGUCAUUUCAGCUUUGACACUCCUGCUGCAUAUUUACCCAAUUUAGUUGAAAUUGGCGGAAUUCAUCUGACUCAUAAAUUUGACCCUCUUCCAAAGGAUUUGGCCGACAUUUUGAACAAGUCAACACAAGGCGUGAUCUACAUGAGUUUUGGAUCAAAUGUCCAUAGUUCAGAACUACCUGUCGACAAGAAGAAAGCCUUCCUGAACGUUUUCAGACGCCUGAAAUACACUGUGUUGUGGAAAUGGGAAGAAGAAAGUUUAGAGGGCAAACCUGAUAAUCUGAUUAUAAGAAAAUGGCUGCCGCAAAAAGAGAUCUUAGCUCACCCGAACGUCAAAGUAUUUAUAUCUCACGGUGGACUGAUCGGGACACAAGAAGCAGUAUUCCACGGGGUUCCAAUCAUCGGUGUCCCCAUAUACGGAGACCAGUACAACAACCUUCUGCAGGCUCAGGAAGCUGGCAUGGGCAGAAUCCUACAGUAUCAUGAUAUCAACGAAGAAAAUCUAGAAGCUGCCUUACGCGAAGUCUGCGAAAAAGACUCUUACAAAAUCAAAGCCAAAGAGUUGUCAGCCAGGUUCCAAGAUAGACCGUUCACAGCACUACAAACUGCUAUGUACUGGAUUGAGUAUGAUAAAAAUAAUGGUGCUGAUUACAUGAAGAACCCAGCGCGUAAUCUUAGCUGGGUUGAGUAUCACAUGGUCGAUGUUUUUGCGUUCUUUUUGGCGAUCGCUGUAGCAUUCAUUUUUGUUGUUGUAAAAAUCAUCAAAGUCAUCAAGUAUUUUGUUACAAAAGAAACAACUGUCAAAAAGAAAUCGAAACGCAGUUAAAAUAUUUGCGACGUUGCUAUAUAAUUAUAUUUUUUAACUACAAUAAAUAGUGAUACGUGUUAUUGUUUUAUUUAACGAGCGUAGUCAAAAAAACAUUUUAUUGAACGGAUGAUUAUUGAUUAUUCAAAAUAUUUAAACGCGUGUACACGGCCUGUAGCUAAGAGUACAAAUAGUUCAUAGUUCAUAGUUAUCUCUCUCUGUCGCUCUUCCGUACAUCCUCUGUAUAUCAGCCAUCCGUUCUUGGUACGUACGUAUGUAAUUUUUAAUAUAGGAACGAUGUUAAAUAUUAGAUCUUAUAAUGAUAUGGAUCGGAUACUUCUGUGGGACUACUAUUUAGAUUAAAUAAAUUGGAAAAUAA